AUGGCACAGGAUACAUACUGGGGCUCAUUCGAGGAGAUCUCCAAGUACAACGUCCAGCUCAAUUACGCCGAGAAGCUAUGGCUUGCAUGGUACACGUACAUGCAAAACGAUGUGCUGGCCACCGGAAUCAUGUCCUUCGUGAUGCACGAGACAGUCUACUUUGGCCGCUCGCUUCCCUGGAUUAUCGUCGACAUGAUUCCGUGGUUCCGGAGAUACAAGAUCCAGCAGGAUAAAAUCCCCACCGCUUGGGAACAAUGGCAAUGCGCUCUCCUCGUCCUCUUCUCCCACUUCACCGUCGAACUCCCCCAGAUCUGGCUCUUUCACCCUAUGUGCCAAUACUUCGGACUCAGCACCGGUGUUCCCUUCCCUAGCAUCUACACCAUGGCCUAUCAAAUCGCCAUAUUUUUUGUUCUCGAGGAUACAUGGCACUACUGGACCCAUCGCGUAAUGCACUGGGGACCCCUCUACAAGAACAUUCACAAGAUCCACCACCAGUACUCCGCCCCCUUCGGUCUCGCUGCUGAGUACGCAUCUCCUAUCGAAGUCAUGGUUCUUGGUCUCGGCACGGUCGGAUCGCCAAUUCUCUACUGCGCCAUUACUGGUGAUCUGCACAUUUUGACCAUGUACAUCUGGAUCGUGCUCCGUCUCUUCCAGGCCAUCGACGCUCACUCCGGCUACGAAUUCCCCUGGAGUCUGCACCACUUCCUCCCAUUCUGGGCCGGCGCCGAGCACCACGAUGUUCACCACGAGAAGUUCAUUGGAAACUACGCGAGCAGCUUCAGGUGGUGGGAUUACUGCCUCGAUACCGAGGCCGGUGCCGAGGCCUCCAAGAAGAGGCGUGAGAAGAAGCUCGCAGCCGCUAAGAAGAAGGCAUUGUAG